GCGGACACUUUGAAGCGGCUCCUCGAUCAUGCCGCCGAGCAACAACUCGAUCGGUCAAGCGCUCGUCUACCUGCGUCCCCUUCGACACAUGUUUGACGUGGUGACGACUGUUUCCGUGUUGAACGACGACGGCAAUUCGCUCGGCUCCCUUGUCGUCCACGUGCGUCCUUCCCCGAAAGCCACACCGUCCGAUGCACCCAAGAGCAGUGGGAAUAACGCAAAGCUCGUUCCGGCGGAUGUAGACGACUUGUCUGACGACGAAAUGGACGACAUGAAAUCUCUUGACGGCGAGUUCCUGUGGAUCUCGAUCCAGGUCCAUGUCGACCCGUCCACGCCGUCGUUGCUCUUAGCAAACCCCGCCAACUAUCGCGUCUCGUAUGUGUUCUUUCAAUCCAACACACAAGUUUUCCCCCUCGAACACGCAAACAUGAUCAAAGUACUCGUUACACCGCCGUUUGUCGACUACGUCAGUGCCGACACGAUGAGUUUCGAAGUGGUGCCGUUUACAGACGUCGCGUCGGAGCCAAGGACAGCUGAGCUAUUGUCGACUACAGCACCACCCUACGACGAUGCAUUGCUCCACACGGCGCUGCUGGAGGAAAUCCAGCGCGACAAGGCAAAGAUGGCCCAAGAACACGAAGCCGAGAAAAAGAGGAACGAGGAAAUGCGUGGCGAAAUGAGCAAGUUGAUCCAUCAUGUGAAAGAACAGGAGGACACGAUCCUGGAACAGGUCAAGAUGGGCCAGACGGCAGCGUCAGAGCUCGUGAGGUUGCAGGAGAAGGCGCGAGCAGACGCGCGUGAGAAGGAACUGCUUCUCAAGCAAAUCACGGACACCGACUCCAAGUACCAGACACUUCUUGACAACGCCAACGCAAACAAUAAGUCCAAGGCGUGUAUAAUACAAUAGAAGCCGAGAUGCUAACGCUGUGGCUUGCGAUCCAUGGCGUCGACAAGCGACGGAGUCUGCGCUACCAGUCGAAGCGUCGCGAGGUCAUCAAUUCCUUGACGAAGGUACGCCUUGAUCUUCACAGGAUCUUGUUCAUGACGACGCAAGCGAAUGAUCUCUCGAGCAUUGAAGCGGAUCUUCUUGCCCAUGAGAGGCGGAAAUUCCCGAGCGACGCGGCAUACGUCACGGUACAGACCCAUGCAGGUCUGUGCCGCCAUUCUUCCACCUCUAGGAAUUGCCCGGAUUACAGUAUCCGGAUACCCACCAUUGUACUAGAAGGUUGAAGUACUAAUUGCGC